UGAGAGGAUUAGUGAAGGCUGCAGUGAUGAAAAAUCUUGAAUGUAGAACAUCCAGUAUUUGAGUCAAGAUUGGAUCUCAAGAAAAAAACGGACAGGUAAGAAAUGGGAAUGAAAGUAUGAGCCCUUUAUGAAAAAGCGUUAGAAGAUUCAUCAUCUAACAGAAUAAAUGGAAACCUAGUAUAGAGAAAGAGAAUGGGUAAAAUGUUUUGAACAGAAUGGAAACAGUUAUAUGUGCCACAGAAGUGUAUGGUGUGUCAUUCUAGUUUAGGAAGAAUGAAAAAGGAUGUUUGGGGGAUUGAAUGUAAUACAUCCAAGAGAAUGAUUGCUGCAAAAAAUAAGGAUGAGGUAAAGGUGCAAUAUAACUAUAUAAACUAAAAGAGAUAUUUACAAAGAAUGUAAAUACAAAGAAAAAGGCAUAGUUACAAUUCAAAGAGGCAGAGAAAAUGCAAAGUGGUUUUUAUGGAAAUUAAACAUCAAACAGUGCUUUGGAAAAGGUAAAUGAGCUUCCAGAAGAUUGGAUGAGAAUUUUAAAAAGUGACAUUGGAAAUGCUGGAAGGAGUAUUUUAGAUAUUUGUAUGGAAAUAUAUUGAAACUAUUAGAGUAAAAACAAAAUAAAGUUUAAAUAUUAGUGUCCAAAAAUGGAUGAAAGAGCAGUAGUAAGUGCAAUCAGAAUAUUUAAAAAUGGUAGUGCUGCAGGAUUAGUACAAACUGGGAAAGUGUGGAUAUGGUUUGCUUAUGGAAUGGUUGUACAACUUUUACACGUGUGAGAAGUAUAUCUUUUUCUUUUGGUUGUUGAAUAAGUGCCAACCCAUGAUGUGACCCACCUGAUUUUAUGAUUUUUUUGUGUGUGGUGUUCAUUAAAUGAACUCAUUGUCCACAAGGGGAGGGUUUUUUCUCCCCCAGAAAUUGAAAACAAAUGCUGGUUUCCGGCAAAAACAUCGUAAACCAAAGUCACAUAACAGGACAAUGCAAACAGCUGUAAAUGUUGGUUGGUUGCUAAGAGCCCAAAAUGCAGGAUGAGGGAGCCACCAGAACUUUGCAUUUGGGUCAUAUUCAAACUGUUGCUAAGCAACUGGUCAUAAAUCGAGGACUAUUGGUAGGGAAGGAUAAGAAGAGGAACUGCAAAAACUACAAGAUAAUUACUUUACCAAAUGAACCUGGGAAAGUGUUUGAUAGUGAUGAACAAAAUCUGGAAAAUGUAGUGUGACUAUAGUAAGCAAGAGAUAUGUGGAUCAGAUAUUGCAUAGAUUAUAAGAUCCCCCCUCAAAAAAGAAUACUUUUCAAAAACAAAAGGAAAUAAUGUGACAUAGCAUCUGAAUGUUUUAGAAAUGAAUCUUUUGAGGAAAGAAAGAUAUCAAGAGAUGCUUGUGUAAUUAGUUUUAAUAAUCUUCUCUUUUUGUUAUAUCAUGCCUUAAUUUCUUUGAAUUAGGUCUCUGUGCUCCAUUUAGUGUUGCUUACCCAGAAAGGGAGUAAUGUAAUGUAAUAAUAAUGUACGUACAUGUACAACUGUACAACUAUACAUGUACAACUCUAUAGUUUUCAGUUUAAAUGCUGCUUUUAAUUUUUUUAACCGAAUGACCUCCGAAGAGAUUAGAGUAUUUAAUAAAAGGACAAAGCAACCUACAUAGAAUGAAAUCAUUACUAAUGAGAGAGAUUAGUAGUGUUUUGGGGGAGAGGAUAAAUUUGUAAUUGAAAUGUGUUUGCAAACAAUCCAACACAUUGAAGCCAGUUGCAACUUAAUAAUAAUCAAAUUUGUAAUAAAUUAAUCAUCAUGGUGGUUUCUUGCUGAUGUUUCAUGGUUGCAGAUUUUUAGAAAGGAAACUGAUUAGAUUUGGGAAAAUGGAAUAGAUUUGGGGAAAAGAGAAACAAGCUCCCACCUACGUCCAAAGGCUGACAGAGAGGAUCAUCCUUAAAUUAAUACUGCCUUCGAAAUCCAGAUGACCUAGGAAAUUAGAGCCAAGAUGAAUUGCCAACAAAAAAACUUAGCAUUUUUCAUAAACAUGGGUCAAUUCAAGAUGUGGAUUUGAAUGAACACAUGAAUUAUAACAAACAGUAUUAUCCUGAUUUGAUGUUUGGACGGUGUAAGCUUUGGGUGGGUACAGUAACAAAUUUAUGAGAGAAAAAGUAUUACGGUAGGGAUGCUCAGUGGUUAAGAUGGUUUUGAAAUGAGCUUUGAUGAUAUUGAGGGAAUUAUAGUCAAAGUAAAGAAGAGCAAAUUUGAUUAAAGGCUGGAAAUCAAGAGAGAAAUCAAAGCCUAUCUUUUGUGGGGGGAUUAAUUCAAUAGCCAGCUUGGAAGAAUCCAAAUAAAUUAUGUUGUGGAGAUUUGAGUAUUCUUGGCAGGUGUUUCUGUUUCCCUUCCAUUCUAAGGUUCUGGAGGUUAAAUUUCUGUUGAAUAACAGAGUGCUGUGGGGGUGGUUUGGAAAAUUAAGCUAAGGUAGCAGCUGAAGGUAUAAUGCUUGGACAUGUAUGGUGAACUGAAACAGAGAAGUGGCAAAAAAAUAUUUUAAGAGCCUUUUUGAUGAAACAACAUCUGAGGAAGAAUCUUGUAACAACAAAGUCCUUGGUUAAGAUUCUGGCUAUUAAGAUAAACGAUGACUUAAUCUGAACAAGAAGAGAGAGAAAAAUGGGCCAUGGUGAGAGUUCAAUUCAGAAGAGGAACGCAACAUCAGCAUUGUCUUGUUGCUAUUCAGGAAGAAAUUCUGCUGCAGAAGCGUUUUGGCAUCGGUGAUGAGAAAUGGGGUAUGAUGUAGCACGUUUUCAAGGGGAUGUUGAUGAAGAUCUUAUUUGCCCCAUCUGCAGUGGGGUUUUGGAGGAGCCAGUGCAGGCACCUCAUUGUGAGCACGCUUUUUGCAAUGCCUGUAUCACCCAGUGGUUCUCCCAACAGCAGACGUGCCCCGUCGAUCGAAGCGUCGUGACUGUGGCUCACCUGCGCCCUGUUCCCCGGAUCAUGCGUAAUAUGCUAUCUAAGCUGCAAAUCACGUGUGACAACGCUGUUUUUGGUUGCACUGCUGUAGUGCGGCUUGACAACCUGAUGUCUCACCUCAAUGACUGCGAACACAAUCCAAAGCGGCCUGUGACCUGUGAACAGGGAUGCGGCUUGGAAAUGCCCAAAGACGAAUUGCCGAAUCAUAACUGUAUAAAACAUUUACGGUCAGUAGUGCAGCAGCAACAGACAAGAAUAGCUGAAUUGGAAAAGACGUCUGCAGAACAUAAGCAUCAAUUAGCAGAGCAGAAACGGGACAUACAGUUGUUAAAAGCAUACAUGCGAGCGAUACGUAGUGUCAAUCCCAACCUGCAGAAUUUGGAGGAAACUAUUGAAUAUAAUGAAAUCCUUGAGUGGGUGAAUUCCUUGCAGCCAGCCCGGGUAACCCGAUGGGGUGGUAUGAUCUCUACACCAGAUGCUGUACUCCAAGCUGUAAUCAAGCGUUCCUUGGUGGAAAGCGGCUGCCCCACAUCCAUCAUCAAUGAAUUGAUUGAAAAUGCCCAUGAACGGAACUGGCCCCAAGGCUUGGCCACCCUAGAAACUCGCCAGAUGAACCGACGCUAUUAUGAAAACUAUGUGGCCAAACGCAUCCCAGGCAAACAAGCUGUGGUUGUGAUGGCCUGUGAGAAUCAGCACAUGGGAGAGGAGAUGGUGCUAGAGCCAGGCCUGGUGAUGAUAUUUGCACAUGGAGUGGAGGAAAUUUAAAGACUCGAGAGAGAUUAUAAAACUGUGCUUGAAUAAGCCCAUUGAUUCUGUUGUGCUGUAUCAGGGCAUCAUUCCUCUCUUCGUUGAAUAAAAUGCUAUUCCCUAAUUAUACUGGGCAUGAGCCCAGGAAUUUAUGCAAAAUGCCAUGCUGCACUCCCUUCUCCUUAUGGUCAUUAAUCCUGGCCUGAUGUUGACAAAGAUUUCCAAAUGUCUACCAAGGAGCACAACAAAUCCCUCCCUGUUCCAGAAAGAGCUGAGUCUUCAGUCAUAUAAAGUCUUUUGAACUACUGAUAUGACUGCAUUGGCCUGGAUAGCCUGGUUUGGGAUCUGUAAACCCUGACUUCAGAUUUUGAGAAGCCAAAAGUUAUUCUGAAGAAUUUUAGCCCACCCCUUCCACGUCCAUUUGGCUUUUCUCGUCUAAGGCAUCUGUCUGAAAUAAUGGGAUUUACACAGUACUUUUAAGAUACGUUUUUAGCUUUUAUGUGGAGAGGGAUUGUGAGUAAAACAUGAGAAUGCAGAUGCCAAGUCAGAGUUGUAAGUAAUGCCAAAUGUAUACAUCAGUUGAUCCUUCAAUGUAAACUGUCUCGUGGAGCCAAAAAGCCGCGUCAUUUGGAGAACAAUCCGCAACUCAUUUUGGAUGUGUUUACAUUGUAUAAGAAGUGGUCCUUUCCUAUUGUGGCUUGGUUUUCAAAGGAAGUCACAUUCUUUAGCUUUGUAGCAUUGUUACCAUCACCACAGGAUGAAAAGUGAGUCUCUGAAGCCUAGAGCUCAGUUUUCUCCAUGCUCUUGAAAGGUUGCGGAAGCAUCUUGGAUGCUUUGCGGACUUCUCCUUUCUGAUAAGAAGCAAGCCUUCAAUCGUACACAUCACUCCCACCUGAUCAGAAAUGGUCCCUCUAAAUUGCAUGUGCCAUUUAAAGUUGUAUCAACUUUCAUAACCUUUUG